CUGCCAUGCGUGCUCCCACGUGAUCUGCCGCUGCCGCUGUGUUAUGCUGGGGUCACCGAAGAGCUCCCCUCAGGAUGUCGCUGUUUGUCAUCAACAGGUACCUUGGUGAUGAGGUGGAUUCCACUGAAGAUCGCGCCAAAGCUUUGCUGGAGAAGUUACGUCAGCAAGCCAAGGAUCGACAGUCGCAACUAAAAUGUAAGGAGCAAAAAGUGAAGGAAGUUUCUAAGUCCUUCAGUGAAGAAGUGGUUGAGGAUACAGUUGAAAUAAAAAAUCAUAGUGAAGAAAAGAAGAAAAAACCAAAGAAACGAAAGAAAACUCUCAGUGAUGAGACACCUGCUGAGGUGGAGAAACCUUCUCUUGAUGCUGAACCAGAGGAAAGAGAGGAGUUGAAGGCAAAGAAGCAACGCAAGAAAAAAAUCAACAAAGAGCAGCAAGAGAAGAGCAUAGGCAUAGAAGCACAAGAUGAACAGGAGGAGCCAAGCAAGAAAGUCCAUAAAAAAGAGGCAACAAUAAGUGCCAGCUCUGAAUCAGUCCAAAGCGAAGAUGCAAAAGCUCCUCGGAAGAAGAAACACAAGCAAACUGAUGAGGACUUUAGCAAAGAUUCAGGAUUUUCAACAAAUGGCUAUACCAAGGUACCACUCAAAAAGAAUAAUAACACUGAAGUAGAUGAAAACUCAGCACAAACUGAGGAGGCUAAAGUGGAACAGAAGAGCCAAAGAAAACAAAAUUAUUCUACAGAUCCCAACUUUCUACUACUUGGAGGCUUUGAGGCCAAACCAGUUCAGAAGGUACUUCCAGUUCUACCACAGUGGCUGGCUAAACCUAAUCUGGUUCAGAAGGAUAUUAAGCAUAACCUUGUAUCCGUUCAUGAUAUUCCUGGUUUAGACCCGUACAUCAAAAAGAAACUGGAGGCUAACAAAGUGAAAACUUUCUUUCCAGUUCAAGCUGAUGUCAUCCCAGCUAUUUUGGACAGUUGUGUCCAUGGUUUUCUUGUGGGCAGAGGUGGAUACCGCCCGAAUGACGUUUGUGUUUCUGCACCUACUGGAAGUGGGAAGACGUUGGCGUUUGUUGUUCCAAUAGUACAGGUUUUGACGAAACGUGUUGUAUGUGAAGUUCGAGCUCUUGUAGUACUGCCCACAAAGGAGCUGGCACAACAGGUCUGCAAGGUUUUUAAUGUCUAUGCUGAUGGAACAGGUCUCAAGGUUGUCCUGAUAGCCGGGCAUAAAUCUUUUGCUAAAGAGCAGGAGACUUUGGUAACUAAAAAGAUCUUUGGGUUCUGCAGUUUGGCUGACAUUCUGGUGUGCACUCCAGGUAGACUUGUCGACCACAUCCAGAAGACAGAAGGCUUCACCUUGAGGCAUCUACGAUUUCUGGUUAUUGAUGAGGCAGAUCGUAUGAUUGACACUAUGAGUCAAGACUGGCUACCUCAAGUCAUCACUGCUGCAUAUAAGUUGGAACCGCGUGAUCAUGGCAGCUUUUUUGCUCGCAAGAUGCCAGGAGUGCCAACUGCAGCAAAUUAUGGGCAGCUUCAGCUCCCCUUGCAGAAACUGCUUUUCUCUGCUACCCUGACGCAUAAUCCAGAGAAACUUCAGAAGCUGGGCCUGUACCAACCGCGGCUCUUUACAUCUAUAUACAAGCAGCCAAAAUCUGACACCACUGGUGAUCAAACUAGGCCCGCCACUUCUGAAAACUUCUCCCUCCCUCAGGGGCUUACGCACUACUAUAUUCCAUGCAACCUAAACUCCAAGCCCCUCAUCCUCCUCCACUUCUUACUCACCCUGCGCUUUUCCCGUGUACUCUGCUUCACCAACUCCAAAGAGUCUUCACACCGCCUGUUCCUGCUCAUAAAACUUUUUGGAGGAAUCAGUGUAGCAGAGUUCUCGUCUCGUCUUAGCCCUGGGGAGAGGAAGAAAACCCUAAAGGAAUUCGAGCAAGGAAAGCUACAGCUGCUAAUAAGCACGGAUGCCACCGCAAGAGGAAUAGACCUCACAGGAGUGAAGUGCGUGAUAAACUAUGAUGCUCCGCAGUACAUCAGAGUAUAUGUUCACAGGGUCGGAAGGACAGCCCGAGGAGGGACGACUGGUCUGGCGUUCACAAUGCUGCUGAGAAUACAGGAGCAGAGGUAUCUGAACAUGAUGCGGGAAGCUGGUGUCCCAAAGUUACAGAAGCAGCUGGUGAUGAGUGAGAGCCUCAGGCAGUUUGAGCAGCGAUAUGAAGAGGUCCUCUCACAGCUACAGAGGGUUGUGAAGCAAGAACGAGCUGAAAAGCGCUGCUGAAUUUUGGAAUAGUAGCCGAAAGAAUAUUUGGUUCCAUUAUUGGGAGCCAACAACUUCAUAUGAGUUUCUGUUGCGUCCAUUGCUAGGCGUGAAAGAUAUUUCUGGAGGCCUGACAGAUUUGAAUUGCAUCUGUUGAGGAUUUCUGUGCUGAUUCACAAACCUUGUAUGGAUGGGGACCACCAGUCUAUGAAGUGCCGACUAUGUGUCUUACGGUUUCACUGUAAUAUUUAUUUUCAUGUACAGACUGACCAUUUUUCUACUACAAAAUGCAAUGUAUUUUAAAGACAACAUAUUCUUGGAUGGGAAAUGUAAUUAAGUGAAUAAAUGAACAAACCUUCUUCUAGCAUAUUUCUGUAAAUGCCAUGAGUGCAAAAAAGUACAGCCCAAAUUGGUUAUUAUCCCACUGAGCCUUCAGUAGAAUACACCUUCCCACUCGAUUCAAACUACGGAAUAAGCAUGGUCAGCUAUGUACAGUUCAGCAAACCAUGUAAUAGUUUAAUAAACUGGUACAAGUAGAGUCCAAGACUUACUACAACUUAUUACA